AUGAUCGACGAAGAGUCGCGGCUCCUCCAGACACCAAAUAUCCUCGAUCACGAUGUGGAAAAUGGACCACCGAGACCUAAAAUCGCUCGCAGCUUCCUAGCUGUGAUGCUAGUUUCGACUUUCCUUGCGUCUUCCGAUGAUUCUUUCGUUCUUUCCACGGCUUCCGAUAUCGCAGCGGAAUUCAAUGCGACCAAUGCCAGUACCUGGCUGAUUACUGGGUUUAAUCUGGGAUAUAUGAUAUCGCUUCCAAUUUAUGGUCAACUCUGUGAUGCUUGGGGAAGGAAGCACACCUAUCUUUUCUCGUACAUUGUUUAUUCAAUGGGCUGUUUAGCGAUGGGAACAUCGUUAAAUAUCUACAUUGCUAUAUUUGCAAGGAUAAUUACAGGUUUUGGAAGCUCGGGUAUGCUGGAUUUGUCCUCUAUACUUAUUAACGAUAUUGGUGGUCCAACUGGAGUCGCCGUGCUCCGAAGCUAUUUCAUGACUGUCACAAUGGUUGGAUACAGUGGUGGAGGAGCCAUAGGAGGAACCCUAUAUACAUGGGUGGGAUGGAGAUGGUCGUUUCUUCUUCAUGUACCAAUCGUUCUCGCCUGCGCUUUGAUAACUGUCCUUCAGCUUCCGAAGGAUACACCUACAGACAGACAGUCUACUCCGGAAAACGCCCAAGGCCAAAAAGAAGAGGACUCCGACACAGAGAAGCUAGAUUAUAUCGGUAUCGUACUACUCGUAUGCGCGAUUAUCUCGGCGUUGAUGAUGGUGCAAGUUCUCGAGGCCGAUGAAAUUCCAGGAAACAAAUUCUACAUUACGGUCGCUCUUGGUUUGCUUCGGCCGUCACGCCAGCAGGGCUUGGAGGUGCAGUGGGUGGAAUUUUAG